GAGUGAUGCAAAUUAAUUAAUAAUGAUAAUUGAUAAAUGCUAUAAGCAGUGGCAAUAGCUUGGCAAGGAACUUGAUGUCUGGAAAAAAACCAUUAACAUUUGGGCUUGACACACCCUUGGAAUCCAGUAUAUAAAGAAUAGGAACUGUGCAGAUAUUACUCUUUCCAUAGAAGCUGCUUUUAUUUUCAUCUGGAAAGGGUGCCCUUUUGCUUGAACAACAUGUCUUACUCUUUAAGGCAGUCAUCAUCUCACCAAGCCUCAGGCUCUAGCUCCCGAGGAUACGGUGGAGGCGCAGGUGGAUUUGGUCAACAUGGAAGUGGUGUUCAUGCUGGAGCAGGCUUUGGACAAGGUCUCGGUUUUGGUGGCGGGCAUGGCGGGCAUGGUGGUCAUGGUGGUGGUUUUAGCAGUGGAUCUGCUAGCUAUGGCCAUAAUGUAGGUGCUGGUAGUGGUUCUUAUGGAGGAAGCUUUGGUGGUGGAGCAGCCAGUUUUGGUGGAGUCCAUGGUGGUGGAGCAGCCAGUUUUGGAGGAGUCCAUGGUGGUGGAGCAGGUGUUUAUGGAGGAGGCCAUGGUGGUGGAGCAGGUGUUUAUGGCGGCCAUGGUGGUGACAGCAUCUUCUCUGGAAAUGAGAAACAAACCAUGCAGAAUCUUAAUGACCGCUUGGCCAGCUAUCUGGACAAAGUCCAUGACUUGGAAGAGGCCAAUGCUGAGCUUGAACGUAUGAUUAAAGAAUGGUACGAGAAGCAAAGAGGUCAUUCCUCUUCAGGAGAGAAAAAGGACUACUCCAAGUAUUUCCAGAUUAUUGAGCAGCUCAAAGGCCAGAUUACUACAGCCUCCAAUGAAAACGCAAGCAUUGUCCUGCAAAUCGACAAUGCCAGACUUGCUGCUGAUGACUUCAAGAUGAAGUACGAGAAUGAGCUGGCUCUCCGCCAGAGUGUAGAGGCUGAUACCAAUGGCCUCCGCAGAGUCCUGGAUGAUCUGACCCUGUCCAAAUCUGACCUGGAAUCCCAAUUCGAGAGUCUUAUUGAAGAGAUUUCCUUCCUCAAGAAGAACCAUGAAGAUGAACUUAAGGGUCAACAUGAACAAACUGUGGGUGAUGUCAACGUAGAAAUGAAUGCAGUACCAGGCAAUGAUCUGACUAAGACCCUCAACGAUAUGAGAGCACAAUAUGAAGCUAUGGCUGAGAAGAACCGCAAGGAUGCCGAAGAUCAGUUCAAUAGAAUGAGUGAAGGUCUGAAGAAAGAAAUAACCACUGGCGCCCAAGAAGUUCAGACCUCCAAGAGUGAAAUAUCUGAACUGAAGAGGACACUUCAAGCUUUGGAGAUCGAGCUUCAGUCACAGCUUGCUAUGAAAAAAUCACUGGAAGAAACAUUGGCAGAGACCGAAGGACGCUACUGCAUGCAGAUCGCACAACUGCAGAUACAUAUCUCAGGAGUGGAAGAGCAGCUGGCAUUGCUCAGAGCCGACAUUGAGUGCCAGACUGCCGAAUAUGAAGAUCUGCUGGACAUUAAGACCAGGUUGGAAGCAGAGAUCGAGAUGUACCGCAAGCUUCUGGAGGGCGAAGGUGGUUUAGGACAAACCGACAGAAAAACAACACCAGUACCAACACGGGCCCCUCAAACUACACCUAGCAGAACCGGGAGUGGUUCAGGAUCAAGCACAGGAGUAAAGAGGACAAGGAGAGUAAAGAAGGUCAUUGACAUCAUUGAGAAUGGUAAAGUUGUGCGAUCAGAUGUUGUGGAAGAAAAUGAAGAAUACUAAAAGCACCCGCCAAGCCAAAAAAAGAGAAGAUGUCUGCUCAAGCAAAAUGGAAACCUGCCGGGUUCAUUCACAAAUCCUUUGUUUUUAGUAUCCUCUACUUCUACUUUUAUGGGAUGAUAUUCGACUGGGACGAAAAAGAAUAAGGAGGCCAAUCUGUAAUGUUGUAUAGUUGGAGAAUGAACAUCAUGUGAUUUUCUGCGCUGCCUUUCCGCAGCUAUGUAUGUUUAUGUAAGUCUCUCAUCCCCAUAAUGCUACAGUAAUCUGUUUCUGCUCAAUAUUAUCUUCAUGUUCAACAUUAUUUUCUUUUGCUUUGCACAAUUGCAAAAAAUAAAUACUUUUCUGAUGCAAG